UCACUGACACUCGCACCAAGCCCACUAGAGAAUCGCACGCAAAUUGCGAUGGGCAAGAAGGUAAAAUGGAGCUGGAGUUCGGCGAUAAUCGGAGCAGCGUCGGCAGUGGCAGCCACCGCCCUAAUCUCCGCCAAACCGAAGGACCCAACUUUCCACCUCAUAUCCAUAAGCAUGACUUCCCUCAAACUGAAUCUACCUCUCCUGGACGCAGAGGUUCUCCUCACCGUCCACGUCACCAACCCCAACAUUGCUCCCAUCGACUACUCCUCCACCUCCAUGUCCAUCUUCUACGAGGGUUCCCUCCUCGGCUCGGCUCAGGUCCAAGCUGGCUCCCAGCCACCCCGCUCCUGCCAGCUCCUCCGACUUCCCGCCCGUCUCCAUGGGCUCCAGCUCGCGCACCACGCCAAGCGUUUCCUCCAAGACGUCGCGCGUCGCGAGAUGGUCCUCGAUGCUAGUGUCGACAUCGCUGGCAUAGCCAGGGUCAUGUGGUGGGACCACAACUUCAAGGUCCACGUCGACAGCCACGUCACCGUUGAUCCCGUCUUUCUCGACGUCAUUGAUCAGGAGAACACCUCCGAACUUGAAGUCUUCACCACCGCUGCAGCGUAAGCCUGUUAGGAGUGUAAACUCUGUAACUGUAAUUGUUGUAUUCUGCAAUUGAAUUAGAUUUUUCAGUUUAGGUUUUGUUUAUGCCUUUGAGAUUCAACCAAUUAUUCCCUUUCUCAUUUUCUGCGGACGCAUUAUUUUCUAUGCUUCUAAAGCAAGCUUAUAAUCUAUUUUGAAACCAAUGAUUGUGGAAAGUUGCUUAUAGCAGGCAUUGUUAUCAAGAAAUAUGAUGCUCAGUUAUGAUAUUACAGCAUCCUUAUCCUAUGUUCAUUGGAAAUUUUAUUGUCUAAUGAUUUCGUUGUGGCUUUGAUUAAUAUAAUACAUCCAUAUGUUGUGAUGGUACACUCAAUUACUGUAGAUAGAGAUGCUUGCUCUCUAUCAAUAUCAGUAGACGAUUGUUAUUGAUGAUGGCAAGAGAAGCUUGCGCUCGAGAAACAGAGCAAGAUGCAGGCUCAUGGGAUACCAAAACAAGUGGCUCAAUACCUGCAGGAACAUCAGCUGUCAAGGUUUCAACUGAUAAGUACCAGAUUUAUGCUACCAACUAAUAACAACUAACAUUUCCGAUAAAAAAAAAGUACUGGAUUUAUGCAGUUGUGGCUUCUAGUAACAAA